CUCCUCCACUCCUCCCACUGCCGCUUGCUACUUGCUUUUCACCCCGACACACCCCACGUCGAGUCCAAUUGGGCCUUCAUCCGCAGGCAGAGGGCCGCUUCAUCAUGUUCAAGGCACGCGAGACCCAGCGGGCGUUACAGUCCCUCAAGCAUACACGCGCGCUCUCCACCUCCACGCCGAGACUCGCCGUCUCGCCCUACAGGAAAGCGACCGCCGCAGCUGCCUCGAAAACCCUCAAAGAGAUCCCCAAGCGGCCGCAGAGCACCGCCGCCACCGCGACCGCGCCGGAACCGCGAGCCCGCCCCAGUCCCGCCUUCAAUCGCGACAAUGACUGGAACGAACCGUCCCCUCUGCGCCCCUUCCGGCAGGCCGAGCUGGACCACUCGUUCGUGGGCAUGACGGGAGGGGACAUCUUCCACGAGAUGAUGCUCCGGCAGGGCGUGAAGCAUGUUUUCGGAUACCCUGGAGGGGCCAUCCUGCCCGUUUUCGAUGCCAUAUACAACUCAGAGCACUUCGACUUCAUCUUGCCACGACAUGAGCAGGGCGCGGGGCACAUGGCCGAGGGCUACGCCCGCGCUUCUGGCAAGCCUGGUGUCGUCCUCGUUACCUCCGGUCCUGGCGCCACCAAUGUCGUCACGCCCAUGCAGGACGCCCUUAUGGACGGCACUCCGAUGGUCGUUUUCAGCGGACAGGUCACUACCGGCCUGAUUGGCUCUGAUGCUUUCCAGGAGGCUGAUACCAUCGGUAUAACAAGAGCGUGCACAAAGUGGAAUGUCAUGGUGAAGAACAUUGCAGAGCUACCGAGGCGGAUCAACGAAGCUUUUGAGAUCGCCACGUCUGGUCGGCCUGGCCCCGUUCUCGUCGAUCUACCAAAGGAUAUCACUGGUGGAGUUCUCACCAGACCUAUCCCAAUGGCCAGCUCUCUGCCCACACACCCUAGCGCUGCAACCGUUGCCGCAAAGGAGAUGAGCAAGAAGCAGCUUGAAGGCUCCAUAAAACGGUCCGCAGACCUCAUCAACAGGGCUAAGAAGCCCGUCAUCUAUGCUGGCCAAGGUAUGGUCAGCACUCCAGACGGUCCCAGGCUGCUGAAAGAGCUUGUGGAGAAGGCUAAGAUUCCUGUGACAACCACCCUCCAGGGGCUGGGCGCAUACGACGAGUUGGACGACAAGUCUCUGCACAUGCUCGGCAUGCACGGUUCCGCAUUUGCCAACAUGGCCAUGCAGGAAGCCGAUCUGAUUAUUGCGCUGGGUGCGCGCUUUGACGACCGCAUCACCGGCAGCGUGGCGAAAUUCGCGCCAGCAGCCAAGCUCGCCGCACAAGAAAGCCGAGGAGGUAUCAUCCACUUCGAGAUAAUGCCCAAGAACAUCAACAAGGUCGUCCAAGCAACCGAAGCUGUCGAGGGCGACGUUAUCACGAAUCUUGCAACCCUCUUGCCAUUCGUCAAUGCUGUCGAAGAGCGACCCGAAUGGUUUGGUCAGAUCAAUGACUGGAAGCAGAGAUUCCCAUGGGCAUACGAGAAGGAGGGCACAAACGGAAUGAUCAAGCCACAGACUGUGAUGGCUACUCUUUCAGAUCUCACCGAUCCCGUCAAGGAGAACGUCGUCAUUACUACCGGAGUUGGCCAACAUCAAAUGUGGGCUGCUCAGCACUUCCGCUGGCGAUAUCCCCGUACCAUGAUCACCUCAGGUGGUCUUGGAACGAUGGGCUUCGGUCUACCAGCCGCUAUCGGUGCCAAAGUUGCCCGACCUGACGCCCUCGUCAUCGAUAUUGAUGGCGAUGCGUCUUUCAGCAUGACUCUAACCGAGCUCUCGACCGCCGCAGAGUUCAACAUCGGCGUUAAGGUCAUCCUCCUCAACAACGAGGAGCAAGGAAUGGUCACGCAAUGGCAGUCCCUGUUCUACCAAAACCGGUUCGCCCACACCCAUCAAAGGAACGCCGACUUCGUCAAGCUGGGUGAUGCGAUGGGCGUUCAGGCACAGCGCGUGUCGAAGCCUUCAGAACUGAAGGAGAAACUGCAGUGGCUGCUGGCCACGGAUGGCCCGGCGCUGCUAGAAGUCGUGACAGACCAGAAGGUGCCCGUCCUACCCAUGGUGCCAGGUGGCUGUGGUCUGCACGAGUUCUUGGUGUAUGACGAAGCCGCCGAGAAGAAGCGAAGAGCCGAUAUGAUGAGGCAGUCCGGCCGGUAACCGCUUACCCCCUACACUUUCAAUUGUACAUUCUUCUUUUGGCAUCCCAAUCUUGAUAUCUUGCAUGCGGGCGUUCAGAUGUCUGGAAAAGUGCCUUGGCCCACUUUUCUUGCCUACCUUGAACACUACGGGGUUGUGUGGAUUUUACGAGUGGGGGCGGGAUAUUUGGACAUGAUACACCUAGGCCUGAAUUGAUUGAAAUGUCGAGGGAGGGCUUUUUAGGGUGUCGACAUGAAACAGAGGUUACCGAAAAGUCCUAAUAAAAAUCUUGGAAUUGAGCGGCAUCGCUGCCUUGUACUGUCGAUGCGGUCU